GCGUGCUCUACUCCUUAUGACGUUUCAACAUGGCGUCGCUCUGCAAGGUGAUGUUCAACGUGAGUUCCAGAUCAUCUUUCUUCCCAAAACACAGUGUUUUAGCCACGCUUCGAUCAUUAUACAGCUCAGACGCGAGCGGAGGAGAGGAUGAAUCGCCCGAGAGGGUGAAGAGCGGGUUUGCAGCCGCAUAUGAUCUGCACUCGGACCUGCGACAGAGCGGCGACCGGAGCGCAGCGGCGCGGAGGAGCUCCAGGGACGAGACCUCCUUCACAUCGCUCCUGCGACACUCCGCGCUCAUGCAGAUGGGUCCCGCCAAAGACAAGAUCGUCAUCGGGAAAAUCUUUCACGUCCUCAAUGACGAUCUGUAUAUCGAUUUCGGCGGGAAGUUCCACUGUGUGUGCCGGAGGCCCCCGGCCCCGGACGGGCAGAAGUACCAGAGGGGCAGCAGGGUGAGACUGAGGCUGGAGGAUCUGGAGUUGACCUCGCGGUUCCUGGGAGCGACCAGCGACACGACGCUGCUGGAGGCGGACGCCACACUGCUGGGACUGAUGGAGAGCAAAGAGACCAGGACCAAGGAAUAGUUGCCAUGGGCAACACUGAGAUUGAACUUUGUUUGUGAAUGAAUGGACACUGUAAUGUUUGAAAUAUA